AUGGAAUGUCCUAAGUGUGGAAGAUCACAUCCAGGAGAAUACUUGUACGGUAAGAACACAUGCUUUUGGUGUAAGAUAUCGGGACACAUGAGUCAAGAUUGUCCACAAAGGAAAAUGAAGGGGUUAGCCAACUCAAACGGCUCACCCACUGGAAGAGUCUACACUCUUAAUGCUAAGAAGGCUAAGGGAAACAACAACUUGAUUGUCGGUCUCAAAUUAACUGAAAUUACACUUCCCAUGGUUGUCUCUACAACGGCUAAGAGUAAUGUCGAAACCUCUUAUGUUUGUAAGAGUUGUCAUCUCAUUGUAUCUGAUAGAGUCUAUCCAACUGAUUUGUUUUGUCUACCUUUGAAAGGAAUGGAUGUCAUCUUAGGAAUGGAUUGGCUUUCAGCUAAUUGUAUACUUGUAGGUUGUAAAGAAAAUUUUUUGUAUUUUCGUCCUGCUAUAUUAAGUAGAAAUGAAAUUGAUUCCAUUCUACUUCCUAGUGUGUCUAACCUCUUAUAA